AUGUUAAAUGACAAAACAAAUAAUGAAGUUAAAUACUAUAAAAUUUAUGUUAAAGAAUGUGAAGAAACUUACACGAAGCCAUACUCAUAUUCUAAAGCAGGUGGUAGCAUGGGAUAUUUAACAUAUCAUCUCAGUGAUAAAUAUAAUAUUACUGUGAAUAAUUAUAGAGAACAUCUUGAUUCAUCUCAAGAAAUAACUCUUAUCUACGGAUCUUUAUCAGAAAACUCUGAGCAAACAUUAGAGAAUCUUUCAGAUAACAAUACAAGUGUUAGUAGUAGUGAUAAAGUCAACAUACCUUUAGCUAGAACAAAAUCGGUUACUGAAUUAAAUAACACAAAUACAAUAAAAGAUUUGUCAUCUGCAAAGUGUAAAAAACUUUUAGAAAAAAUGCAUGCUACAAUUUACUUAUCUCUUGAUGAAUUAUGGAGUAUUUCUGAUGAAGUAGAAUUAAAAGCUUCUAUGUUAGAUCCAAGGAUGUUAAAAUUACUUCCAUUCACUACUGUGGAUAAACAUAAAAACACUGAAGCACAAAUUCAUACAGAAUUAUCAAUAUUAGAUACACAGUUUAAGCAAAACAAUAAUAAUACAGAGACUUGUAUUACUACAGAAGAAGAAGAAUAUAAUUUAUUAAAUGCUGAAUUAUGGGGUUUACUUUCAAUAUUUGUACCACAAACCAUUACUGAAGAUGAGUUGACAAGAUACUUGAAAGAGCAAAUUGCUUAUAAAAGCCAAGAUCUUUUAAUAUAA